AUGAUGCGUGCCUGUCCAGAUUUCACUGUUAAUCCAUAUGCUUGUGGAUCUCACUUGCGUUUCCCAUCAGAACAAUUUCGGUGGAACAUGAGGGGUGAUAAUCUUCUUGUCUCUAGUGAGAUAGGUAUGGAGAAAGGAGUAAAAUCUUAUUCCAAGCCUGGCCUAAAUGCCAUCAAAGGUGGAGCCUCGGCAUCGCGAAAGUCUAAGAGCAUCGAGAAGUUUAAAAGAACUAAAGUAGCUUCUGGUUGCCAUCAAAAUAUGGAGAAAGCCACCAAUUGGUUAGUGGGACGUCAAUCGAGGAGCACUGCUGUUGCUCAUGACUCAGAAGACCUCAGUGACAUUGAUGAUGCUGAGAUUUCUGGUUACCUUCUUCACAAUGAGAAAGAGAUGGAAUUCAAAAGAACCCUUUGGGAAAUGAUUAACAAGAAAUAUUUGGAGGGAAAACAACUGAAAGGAGCAAGAAAGGUAAAGAAAAGUACACCUGCUAAGAAAGCCAUUAAAAUUUCUGGCCAGACAGAGAAUAAGACGAGAUUGAGUUCGAAAAUCAACUAUGAUGUCUUGAAGAAGAUAUUGGGUGAUGAACCUGAGGAGGUUCCCGGAAAGGCAGAAGAUGGUGAACACUCUAAUGCCUAUCCUACUGACGUACAGCAGGUGGAUGAGAACUCCAUCCCUGAAGAACACAGUUCUGGUGCUGGCGAAGAAAAUGAGGAGUACGAACAUGAUUAUGGAGAAUUUGAUGCAGAGGUUCCAACCAAAAAGAUUAAAAAGGUUGAAGAAUUGAAGCCUCAAACGGGCGGUUAG